UGUGUUAAAAGGCUGCAGGCCUUGAAAUGUGCUCGCUUUGUGUGGAGUUGAACGAGAGCAUUGCGGCAACUUGUGAUGUUAGCCGUCAUUGGAGAAGUGAUACUUCAUUGUGGCAGUAAUACCCUGUGAACUCUGGAGGUUUCACACAUAAGGAGGUGCAAAAAUCACUUUCAAAAACUGUGAAGUAGACGGGGGGCUAGGAGACAUGCGACGACGGAUUAGAUCAGAGGUCCGGCUGUCACAAGAGCCAGUGCAAAGACAUGGAACCAUCUCAUUCAAAAGCCUUAGCUCUUCUUCUCACACCGUACACACAGCGCACAGUGUACUGUGUAGUCAAAUGUGGUCCUUAUACAGACAGUAAUUCCAUACUAACAGUGUGACAUAUGGGAAGUUAUAAUGAUCACACAGUGUAUUAGAAAUUCAAAUGAAAUCCAUAUAUAAGAAGUAGAACGUCAGAGUGAAUACAAAUCUGCUCCCAAUAAAUAUAUGCACCAACAUUAACAUAUAGGCAAUAAUUGGACAAGGGAUUUUUAAUCUAAUAAUUUCAUCUGAAUGUACAUCCAGCUGCAACGAGUUAAAUCUACAGGCCUGCGCAUAAUAUAUAAACCUCCAACACUGUGUCUCACUGAAUACUACACCAAAUAAGCCAGAAUAUUAAAGAUAUGCGUCUCGUCAGUAUUGAUUUUCUUUCCUACAGCCAACUAAAGCCAGCAUGUCAUUUUAUAGAUUUUCUUUUUUUUAUCACACAUGUGAGCAAUUAUUUUAAAUGCUUGUCAAAAUGUGUCAUGAGGUGAUUAUUUUGUAAUUAUAACAUGCAUUAGCAGUGUGUGUGUGUGAGUGUGAGUGUGGGGGGCGUUGAGUGUGUGCGCGUGAUUGAGAGAGCAAACUGUAUAAAAAGUAGCAUGAAAAGAGCCUGUCGAUCAUUGGCUGCUGGCCAGCUUCAUUGAGUUGACGUGUUCUCUCCCUGAGACUGAGUCACAGAAGAUGAAGGGCACAUUUUGUUUUCAUUUUUUUGAACUAUUAACUGUAUAACACUGUGAUGUGACAAAUAUGGAGGACAAGUACAGGUCCAAACUGUCGCCUACUACAGAUUUUUGGGCAGGAAUAUACCUGGUUGUGAUUGCUCUGCUUUCAAUCCUGGGAAAUGCUUUGGUGUUGAUCAGUUUUGCCCGCCGCCAUUCUCAGCUCAAAGCUCCAGAGCUGCUGACAGUGAACUUGGCGAUCACGGACAUGGGCAUGGCCAUCAGCAUGUACCCUCUGUCCAUCGCCUCGGCUUUUAACCAUGCCUGGAUGGGAGGUGAUGCAGCUUGUCUCUACUAUGGUCUGAUGGGCAUGAUCUUCAGCAUAACCAGCAUCAUGACCAUCUCUCUGAUGGGGGUGGUUCGCUACCUGGUUACAGGAAGUCCACCUAAGAGAGGUGUCACGUUCCACCGGCAAAGUGUCUUCAUUGUGAUCACUGUCAUCUGGUUGUAUGCUGGACUUUGGGCCCUACUCCCGCUACUUGGCUGGGGCAGUUACGGACCAGAACCGUUUGGACUUGCCUGCUCGAUAGACUGGGCCAGCUAUGGAGAAUCCCUGAACAACUCCACCUUCAUAAUGAGUCUGUCCAUUCUCUGUACAUUCCUGCCAUGUCUGGUUAUUGUCUUCACAUAUUUUGGCAUUGCCUGGAAGCUGCACAGAGCCUACCAGUCCAUCCAGAACCAGGACUUUCAAUAUGGCAACAUUGAGAAGAGAAUCACUCUUAUGGCUGUGCUGAUCAGUGUGGGCUUUAUCACUGCCUGGACUCCAUACGUGGCCGUGAGUUUUUGGAGCAUGUUCCACUCCCAGCAGCAGGACCGCAUGGCUCCUCUCGUCAGCCUGCUGCCCUGCCUGUUUGCUAAGAGCUCCACCACAUACAACCCAUUCCUAUAUUUCAUCUUCAGGCCCACGUCACGGAACAACCUCCUGCAUCCCCACAGUUUCUGUUUCUGUUGUCCCAGUUCUCCUGUAGAGGAGCCCAAGAAUGAAAUCAAAAUGACAAACAGCUCAGAGCGAGUUGACUCCAUCAGCCACACGGCGGCGCUGCAUGGACAGAACCAUAGUGAGUACUGACUGUGAGGAUUGUGUCAUCGUCUUAAUACAGGUUUUUAUGGUGUCCUUUAUUAUAUCUACAAAAGUGUGCACAAGACUAGGCAGCAAAAUCCAAUGACUUGAGCCUCCAGCCCUGGAAGUCGAAUCAAAAGUCUGUCUUUUGAUUCACACUGUGGUUCACUCAGUUCACCCAGACACCAGGUAUUCUUGCUCGCUCUAAUAGGUUCAAAACAGUCAAAGGUAUUCUAUGAACAUAUUCUAUCAACAAAUGUUGUAAUUUUUAAAAGAUGUUUUAUUAAUAUCUUAAAUAAAAAAACAAAAGUGCCUGGGGUCUGUUUUCAUUUUCUUUUGGCUCCAAUGUGUCCACGAGAUUCACAUCUGGACGAUGUGGACGAGUUUGACACCUUUCCUGAACAUCUUCUAACCACUAUGCAGCGCCACAGAAUAAUAUAAACAACCACUUGUCACCUGAGGCAUUCUGCAGGUGUGCUCUGCAUGACAACAACCCAACUAUACUGAAGUCACAAACAACCUGUACCAUUUGGUGCAAUGACUCACAGAUAAGAGAUUAUUUUGUAACAAGAAAUAAAAAUCCUGUUCAUUUUUGUUUUAUUUAAUAGCUUCUGUGUAAAAAUAACAGGUUUCAUCUGUUUAAAUUUGACUGCAGAUAAAAAUUAAAAAAACAGUCCCCGUGUGGGAACUACAGUCACAGUUUAAGAACAGUUCAUGUGUAUUAUGUCAUAUGAUGAAGAGCAAACAAACUAUAUUUUGUUUAGUUGACCAAAAAACACAUAUGGUAUACUUUAAAAGGCCUAAAUAGAACCAAAGAACCUAAGUAGGCAGUGGUUCUUUGGUUCUAAUUGAUUAAACCCACUGAGCAUCACUAAAGAAACUGAGGGACAAACUCUGAUCACACCAGUGGAAGACACGUUUUCACAUUUUGUAUUAAAACAUCACCAAAAUAUAAUAAUAAUAAUAAUAAAAUAAUAAUACUUUUUAUCAUUUUAUUUUAUUAUUUUAUCACUCUCUCUAAUGAAAGGCUGGAAUUUUUGACUUUUUUUUUCUUUUUUUUACAGUCAUACCUAGAAAGUCUUAUAUGUCCCUGGGCUGUUGAAAUGUCCACAAAACACCACUAAUCUCUCCUCACGUUCCCAGGUUUUUCUGAGAAAAAUCCAUACAACUCUGUCGUGUGUUGCCGUUAGCGCUGUGGGCAAGAACACCAUUACAAUAAGACUGCAUUAUCUAAUCUACACAGGACACAUGGGCAGAAUAUCUACUCGAACAUGGUCCCUUCUCAGAGAUAACCUGAAAGGUCAGCAGGUCAACGCUAAUGUUAUUUUAUAUUCUUUUCAGUGCAGUCCAGUGAGAGCCUUUGGUAUUCAGGCUAUAAUUUGAAACUAAAUGAAUGCAUGUGCUGUGGUGCAGGAGACAUGUAAACAUUUGGAUUUCUAAAGGCAUCAGGGAAACAUUAGGAAUGUUUUUGGUUGUUGUCGCCUCCGUUAUAACUUCUUCAUGGAACUGAAGAAAGAAAAUAAAAACAGAAUGAGCAGAAGCAAAGAAACACAGGUGUUUAUAAUCACUUUAACUUUAAAUUAGCUCUGCAACUGAACCCUAAUGAAUUCACACCAGCUGUGUUUAUUCACUGUCUGAAGUCAAGAUGGCGGCUGUAAAAACACACAUGGAGACGAAUUAGCAUAAGUCCUGAAUUAUGAAAUUCUAAGAAGAAAAAAUGAUUUCAAUAGUUUUUGCUGUUUGAUUCUAAAAUGUCUGAUUAAAAAGUCAUAAUAUUUCCAUUGAUGACGCAGUCUGCAUCUCAACACUUCCACAACCUAAAAACUACAUUUAAAUUGAUCAAUGAAUCGCCGCGCAUCACAUCACUCUUGGAAUAAAUUCAGUUAAAUAAGAAGUGGUAUUGACCUUUGGGUCUCGUCUCAUUUGAAGAAUACUUAGCACGCCGUUAGCUGCCUGAUGUAACGGAGAGAUAAUCAGAACCAAUAACACGACAGUGUUUGGACUCCAUAUUUACUUCUAACACCAUCAGUGUUGACUGUAAACGGCUUUUUUUUACGGUUUUGGUCUUCAUCAAUUCCCAUUUGUAAUUUGUGAAACUGUGUAAAACUGAUAACAUUUGUUUUCAUAACAUGGGUUGUCUUCAUACCUUUUUUUUUUACAGAUACACGUAUGAGUAUUUUUAUCUAAGUACUCAGUACUCACUGACACUGAGUGUCUUAGUUCUUUUAGUUAGUAGGAAUACUGUAUAUCUGAAAUUAUUUGGCAUGUCCAGAGUUCUGUGGAUUAUACGAUGAUUUAUAUGUCUCUCAGACACAGCAGGGUCAGAUAUGCUGACCUGGAGAGAACAUUUCUUCUUUUUACCUUUUUUGUCAGCUGUCGUCAUUGUCAGUCUCAAAGAAGAAAUAUUUCCCUUUCAUUAUACUCUGUAAACAAAGUCCAAAUGUCUCAAAAGUCUUCCUCCUCUCCAGCUCCAACACAAUGAUGUUUUUAUUUUUUACGUGUUGUUUCCAUGUCCACAGGGCCAGGAAUGUCGGUCAGAUCAAGAGCACGCACUGACGCGUAAACAAACAGACAGGUGUAACCUGUCGACCGAGGUAAUGAGUGCACGUUUUCACCAAACAAUAACUAAUUAGAGCCCAUCAACACUGGCCCCUUCGCGGGGUCGUUAGAAGCUCCUUCACAAAGGACGAUGAUCACCGCUGCGGUGUCAACACCUUCCCUAAUUACAGAGGGCAUUUACCAUCUCUACGUGCUGGCUGUCCACUUAGAUGUGCGGCUCCCCCUGCUGUCUGUCUGUCUGCGUCUCCCUGCUGUCUGUCUGUCUGUGCGGCUCCCCCUGCUGUGUGAGAGGAUGAAGAGAACCACCACUGACAAUGAAAAGAGGGAAUGUCUUUGGUGCUACAUUUAAAGAGUGAAUAAAAACAUAAUAGUAAAAAAUAAGAUGUGUUUUGGUUUUUUUUUAAUUAGAAUGCAUUUAACUGAAAUGCACAGCGAAAUAAAUAAAGACAAGGCGAGCUCAGAAUGAUUUCCACCCAGCUUCCAAGAGCUAACUGAAGAACUGACUCAACCUGAAGUGAAGCAGACACAGGAGGAAGUGUCCGGGUGGUUUAUUUGUCCAGUGUGAUCGAUUAAAAAGAAAGGAACACAACAGUGUGAUUGCCGAUGUUAGCUGCACUAAUCAAACAGCCUUUGUUAAUAAUGAAUAGGUCAGAUAUUGUCAGGCCUUUCAGAGUAGGCUAAAAAAAUGAGGCAAUGACUGCGUCUGUUUGGUGGGGGGUGAAAGGGUGAGGGUUUGGGGGCGUGCUGAAAUACAUCAAUAUUACACCUUCUGUCUGCGCAGCUUAUAAACAAACACAAAAAUCCAA